CAACCAAAUCAAAAGGUGGUUAUGUGUUGUAAGAAAGAUGGCUGAAAGAUAUUUUCUGCAGUAAACAGUUUUAAAUGAGGUGAGGCAAGAAGUACCAAAGUAAAUUUUUUAGUGACUGUACGUUAAAAAAAAAAUCGAGAAGUACAUACACUACUAUCAUUUAAAUAUACGAACGAUACGUUUGCUAAGAUUGGUUAGCACAGAAAUAAUACGUUAAAGUAAUGUUUAAUGACCACCUGGCUUCAACUUUGAAUAAUUUUAAUCGAUGGGGAUACUAUGAACCUAUUGUACCUACAUCGUUUGCACGCAAAAUAUCGAGAACGACUCACGCGGAGACAGUAAUAAAUCCAGAGUCAAUCUUUGUCGUCAUAGGGACGUGCUGACGGAUGCCUCCGCUUUUGGAGCAGUGUCCUCCGAAGUUCAUGGAACCGCCCUGCAAUGGAGACAUGGUUAGUUUGUCAUCUGGUUUCGACCGUGGACAUUUUCAGAGAUGUUUGUCAACAGCUCUCUAUGAUUAUGAUGCCCAAGGUGAAGAUGAGUUAUCCCUUCGGAAGGGCCAAAUUGUUGAAGUUCUUUCAGAAGAUGCCAAAAUAUCGGGAGAUGAAGGCUGGUGGACGGGAAAGAUUGGUGAUAAAGUUGGAAUAUUUCCAGCGAACUUUGUGGCUUAUGACGAUCCUGUAGAUGAAGUCACUUCAAUAAUUAAUGAUAUUCGCCCUCUUGAAAUUGACUUCAGAGAAAUAGAACUGGAUGAUGUGAUUGGCUUGGGUGGUUUCGGAAAAGUUUACCGGGGUCUCUGGAAGAACCGAGAAGUUGCAGUUAAGGCUGCUAGACAAGAUUCAGACACUGACACUUCGGUAACUUUAGCUAAUGUUCUUAAGGAAGCAAAACUUUUUUGUUUAUUACGGCAUGAAAAUAUAGUGCAGUUGGUGGGUGUGUGCUUACAGCAACCUGAUUUGUGCUUAGUUCUUGAAUAUUGUCGCGGGGGAUCGUUAAGUAGAGUUUUAAAUGGAAGAAAAAUAGGACCUGAUGUCCUAGUUGACUGGGCUAUCCAAAUUGCACGUGGUAUGGAAUAUUUACACAAUGGAGCCCCAAUUUCAUUGAUUCAUAGGGACCUGAAAAGUUCAAAUGUUUUGCUCAGCGAGAAUAUUGAAAAUGAGGACCUGCAGUUCAAAACGCUCAAGAUAACGGACUUUGGCUUGGCGCGGGAGGUGUACAAGACAACCAGGAUGUCGCAGGCGGGCACAUACGCGUGGAUGGCCCCCGAGGUAAUCAAAGAUUCGACGUUUUCGAAAGCGAGUGACGUGUGGUCUUAUGGAGUUUUGCUUUGGGAAUUGCUUACGGGGGAGAUGCCGUACAGGGGAAUCGACACACUGGCUGUGGCCUACGGGGUCGCCGUAAAUAAGCUCACCCUGCCGAUACCGAGCACUUGCCCGCAACUAUGGCGGGAUUUGAUGAACGCUUGUUGGCAACCAAAUCCUCACAAUCGACCGGCUUUUGAUGAUAUUCUAAAGGCGUUGGAUCACAUAGUUCACUCGUCUUUCACCCAAACACCUCAUGAAAGUUUUCACGAUAUGCAGAAAAAUUGGAAAGACGAGAUCGAAGAAGUUUUGUUAGAACUUCGCAGAAAAGAAAAGGAGUUGCGAUGUAGAGAAGAAGAUCUCAAUAGGGCACAACUGCAACAGAGGAUGCACGAAGAGCAACUACGACAGAAAGAACAAGAGUUGCAAGCAAGAGAAAUUGAUUUACUAGAAAGAGAGCUGCAUUUCAUGAUCAAACAACAAACUCCUACACCUAUUAAAAGGAAAGGAAAGUUCAAGAGAUCGAGACUGAAGUUCAUUAAAACAAAGGAGAGCAUUAGUUUGCCAUCUGAUUUUAGGCAUACGAUAACAGUUCAACACACAUUGGAUACUAAAGGACUAAGCAGCGCAAUUUCACCCAAAAGCCCUCCUGGUUCACCUGCUAUCAAUACCAUGCGUGUUUUAAGUCCAAACGCAGACGGUGUAAAGGGCAAAACCUGGGGCCCUAGUACAUGUCAUCAACGUGAACGGGGUCAACUUCAUCCGUUAAAAUCGACACCCCGUCCCACUUGUAUAUGGUCAAAAAGCGCGCCCAACUUGGACAAGUCCAGGACGACACUGAAUCGGCCCUCACAUGAUAUAGAUUUUGUCUCUCCGGAGGAUUGGGGUCCUGAAUAUCCAAUAGCUGCUACCCUGCGAAGUAGUGUACCUAUACCUACCCUUUACUCUGGAGAUGGACUGCGAUCUAGGCAUAAGCUUAGCAUUAUAGAGUUAGUUCUGUACAACAUGGCAGCUCUUCUCGCGGGUGUGGCAUCCGGAUAUGACGUUCGUUUAUCUAAUAUUUCCCCGGUACAUCCCAGGCUUCAACCGAACAGGCCUGAUACAGGAUACGAAGUACAGCCGUGGAGGCAAGAUAACUAUGAAUAUGAAUAUUCAUCGGCAAGCGGUUAUAGUCAUAAUACGUAUCAUGGCCCAAUAAAACACUACAGACCCAUGCUUAUGGGUUCCCAAUUGAUGAACGUACAACACGAAGAACAAAAAAAUGUAAGACUUGCUGCUGAUUCACCCCAACAUCAGUCUUCUUUAACACCUAGCAUCUCUCCUCACAGAAGAUCUAGUGCAGCUAGUAACGAGAGUUCUGAGCAGUACUUUGCACCUUACGACAGAGCUACUACAAUUUAUGUGCCAGGUGAUUAUCAAGGAUGUCAGAGUGAAGGUACUCACUGUUUGGGUUGUUGUCUUAGAAAUGAAAAUAACUCCAAACCGGAUCCUUCGUUCGGUUUUGUUUAUACUCAAGGCCCGGAUAGCACUUACAGCUAUGGAUCAGAUUAUAGUGGCACAACAACAACUCUUUAUGGAUAUGGGACCGAUUACGCUUAUGAUAAUCCUAGCAGCGUAAGCAGUGGAUCCAGGACACCCCAGAGAUUACCAUAUCAGAUGCACAGGAGAACCCCAUCGAAUAUAUCGAAUUCCAGUUCUACAAAUGCGAGUGGUUUUAAUAUUAAUCCUAGCUUUCGGCUAGAUGAGGAAUGUAGUUACACCGGAUCUAAUUAUUUUAGAAGACCUCACGUAGAAUAUGAAUACUCUGGUAAUUAUCUGCGUCAAAAUUCCCAUGAUUCCCCAAAUUUAGAAAGACCAACGACUUUAGAAACUUCUGGUUAUGCCAAAUUAAGAUCCAGUCUUAAAAGGAGCAAUUACAACAUAAGUCAGGGACAUUCCGGAGGAAAUACUCCAACAAAUCCUACACCGCCUGACAGCCUCACUAGUGAUGACAGCUCAUACGUUUCUGCAAAAGACAGUAAUAGCUCCGCAAACAGGGUAAGAUUUUCACCUACCACUCUCUUAGAUUCGCCCGUACCUGGACAAACACAUGAUACUACGCUACCUUUGCAAGCUAGGAGAAAUAGGACCCGACCCCCUUUAGCAGAUAUAGAUAGAGAAUUUUAUUCGUAAAAUUUUGAUUGUAAAGCUCUUGUGUUUAUAGUGCGUUUCUAGUCAUAAAAUAUUCAUUUUCUGCUCAUUUUAGUUUGUGAUGUUUUUUUAAUUCUCUUUUAAUGGCAGUGACUUAAAAAACAAAUAUUUUUUAGGUUUAGAAAAUCCUUAAAACUCACAAUGAAUUAACGAAAAGUAAUAUUUAAGGCGAAGUUAAUGCCGCGAAUUUUUUUUUUGAUAAAGGAUCUGAUGAAAUUGCCCCUGUUGUAUCUUAUAGUUAUUAAUUGCUUAAGCAUUUUGACUUUAGUUAGUUAGCAUAGGUUGCCUUAAUUCUUUUUAAUUAUAAACAUAUUAGAAAGGGAUAUUUUGAUGAUUAAAAAAAUGUUUUUAUUGUAAUGCUAUUUUUUGUUUAAAUGUUUAAACAAUCAAUAACUUAUUAAAGCUAAAAGAUAUAGCAGGGGCAAUUUUAUAUUCGGAAAGGGCAAUCUUUUAAUCUGUCAAACUUAAUUAAAGACUUGAUUAAAUAAUAAUACCACUUUCUCUAGCAUAGUAAAUUAAAAUGCUCUGCGGUCAUAUCGAUGUUCUGGUGCCAUAAAUUUAUUUGCAAUAAAUAUUUCCUUAAGGAAUACUGCAAAAUAUUUAUUUGCUGGAUAUCAAUUCUUAUUAGGACAACAAUCUACGGGGUUGAUAUUUUACCGUAGUGUUAUUUGAUUGACUUUUAUACAUGAUAAAUUUAAAAGCAUUUAUGUACAAAUACCAAUGGGAUUAUUUGAUCAAUGACCUCAAACUACAUACAUAUUUUAUAUUAAUUUUCAUUUUUGCAAAGUUUUGUGCCAUUAAUUGUAACAGCCAUAACAAAACAUAUAUUAUAUGUACUACUGGAGCAACAUUAAUAACCAGUACGUCUGAAUUGAUUUUCUUUUUAAUUGUUGAAAAAUUAACAGAACCAUUCUGUUUUUCAAUGAAGGAAUAUAUUAAGCAAUAAACACAAUAGCUUCUAGUAUUAAAUUUUACUAUUCAGUUAUGACAUUGUAAACAUGUAUCUCGCUCAAUUUAUCAAUGGGUGUAUUUAAUAAACAAGUAACUGCAAGACGUCAUUUGGCAAGUUCGGUUUUUAUAACUAGAGUAAUAAUUAACUGUACACAUAUACAAUCUAUAGUGCCUGAUAAGAAUAUGACUUACAUGCUUAAAAAAUUAAUUUUUAGUCAUACUUGUGCAAUGUCUAAAAUGUAUUUAGUUGAAUGAAUACCUCUUCAACAAAGUCGUCUAAUUGAUUUAAAUUUAUUUAUUUAUUUUAUAUCAGUAGCAGCUGUAUGUAUAAUAUGACUUCUUUUGAACAUUCCAAGGUUAAGAUGUAUUACCAUUAGUUGUAUAUUUGAAAAUAUCGUUUGUAGAAUGAAUAACUUAUGAACUCUCGGCGUUUUUCAGAUACUCGAUAAUUAGUAGUAUAACUAUUUUCAAACAAUUUGUUUAAUUAAGACUGUUUUAUUGCAUUCCAUUUUGACAAAUUUUAUACUUUUUUAUUUGUGUUUUUUUAAGAACCCACACUACUUUUACAUCACGUAUGUAUAAAAUUUUAAACGAACUGCAUUUAUUUCUUCAUUUGCACAAAUUGAACGGGUGAAUUUAUUCGCUCAUGUAUAUAUGAAAAAAUUAUAAUGUAAAUAUUAUUUGCACUUCAGCAAUGGUUUUUGCAGUUUAUAAGAAACUAUUCAGUAUUGUACUAACAAAUUAUUGUAAAUAUUGUAUACAUGAAGUUUAAGUAGGUAGCAUGGCUUCCAGAGCAUAAAAUGGUGUCUAAAAUGAUUACUAAAAACGAAAUAUUGUACCAUUCGAAUUAUAAAUACUCAUGCGUGAUUGAUAUAAGUAUUUAAAUAA